AAAAAACCACCCUCCCCCCCAACAGCUCUCUAUCCUAUUACCAGGUAUGUCCAAAUUGAAUGAGUGGCCGCAGAGAUGGAUUUUAGACUUGAAAAUGCCAAAUUUGCUCGGAUUUGUGGGAGUACCGGCGUUUCGAGCUCGAUGAUUCAAUACUCAAAACUGGACCACCAGAUUUGUGACCAUUUUGUAGCUCGCUAACGAUCAACUUUACGGCCAUCCUAGGCUUCCCUACAUCACAAAAUGGCUGAUCCCCGUGUCGAAGAACUCCCUGACGAGGAGGUCCCCAAGACCAACGUCGAAGAUGCCGGCAGCGACUCUGAGUCCGAGGCUGGCGAGGAGCCCACCAUCCCCGGUGGUGCCGCCGUCACCAUCCACUCUCGCAACGAGAAGAAGGCCAGGAAAGCCAUUGCUAAGCUCGGCCUGAAGCACGUCCCUGGCAUCACUCGUGUCACUCUCCGCAGACCCAAGAACAUCCUCUUCGUCAUUAACCAGCCCGAUGUCUACCGCUCUCCCUCCAGCAACACCUGGAUCAUCUUCGGUGAGGCCAAGAUUGAGGACUUGAACUCCCAGGCCCAGGCUUCCGCCGCUCAGCAGCUCGCUGCCGCUGAGGCUGCUGCUGGCGAGCACGCCGGUCACGACCACGACCAUGACCACGACCACGGCAAGGGCAAGGCCCCCGAGACCGAGGCCAAGAAGGAGGAAGAGGAGGAGGACGACGGCGAGGAAGUUGAUGAGACCGGCCUGGAGCCCAAGGAUAUUGAGCUGGUUAUUGCACAGGCCAACGUGUCCCGCAAGAAGGCCGUCAAGGCCCUGCGGGAAAACGACAACGAUAUCGUCAACUCGAUUAUGGCCCUUAGCAUAUAACGUCAGUCCGGUUUAAUGCACGCUACCGGUGGCUAAACUGGUUAGUCUCUGUUGGCAGAAUGGAUUUUUGAGGUGUGAGAUCAAUGAUAUUCUGAUAUUCCCUCGGGUGUAUGUGCUGCCAAGCUCCUUAGUGUAAAUCAUUUAGUCCCAAAAAAAAAGCAAAAUUGAAUGAUCUAAAACACUUUUGCAAUGCUUGAACUUCUGUCAUAUUCACAUAAAACACCUGUAACCAUAAUUUGUAACGGAAUACUCGGGGUUCAAAUCACAUCCCUUUUGUGCUGCUGCUGCAUGCACCUGUUUGUGCCAUUCCGGAGCACGGGAAGCAUGUUUGGUCACGUGAUUCCAUCUCCAUUCCAAACCUUGCCGGUUCAACCCUCAUCCCGGAACGUCCAGCUUUGCACGUCAAACUCCUCCUUUCCAC